GAGGCACGUGAUUAGGCGUGUUUACUUAAGAUACAAUGUAGCGCCAGUGCAAUCAAUCCUGUGUAUGUCAACCUCAGCCUAAUAAUCAAUUACACUUUCACGUUCAUAAUCAGAAUCACUUAUUGGAUUUCUAUCAGGAUCUUCGUGAACUAACAGCUGCUCUAUGCAUCUGAGAAAAGGGGAUCUGAGUUUGUAGCCUGGGGGCGAGCGAGCGAGCCAGCCAAGCAGACGUACUUGGGUAAAGAGUGGGCUCUUGAGGGACUAUACUGGACCACAGAUGCAUUCCUAAAUCUCUGCUGCUAGCCUCGUCAUGGGCGUUAUUGAGGAGACCGAUGUAGAGCAGGUGACACUGGCCCUUUUGGAUGCUGCCAAUGACAAGGACCCAGUUGUGCAGGAGCAGGUCAGGAAGUCCAUCUUGACACUAGGGAACCAGCAGCCUGAUAAGGUCCUGUACAUGUGCCAGGACUACCUGCUCAAACACCCCAAGCUGGUGGUUGGGCACAGAGUGGUGGUCUUGCAAACCAUCGAGUUGGUGUUAAAGAGCAGGAUUGAUGACAUCAGUUACCCUAAGAUCAAGAAUGUCAUAAAGCUGGCAUCAGAUGAAAUGACAAAAUCAAAGGAUGUUGUCCCGGAAUGGCAGCAAGCAGCCAGUAAUAUUCUGGUUGCUGUGGGCAAUAAAUAUAUCAGUGACAUCAUGGAGGAGAUACUCUGCAAGUUUCAGCCGGGAGUUUUACCUCACUUCUUCGUGGUCCAAACAUUAGCCAGUCUCUCAGACUCAAAUGUGUAUGGUAUGGUGCCUUUUCUCAGUGCUAUAAUGGGGACCAUGUUGCCCAUGCUGGGUAUGGCCAAACAGGACAACAUGAAAUGGGUCUUCACCUUUGCUCUCUGUCGAUUUAGCGAGAGCAUUCUAGAAUAUUUGGCCAACCUUGACAAGGCUCCAGACCCCACGGUUCGUAAGGACACCUUCUCCAGCGAGAUUAACUCAGCCUACGACAUUCUGUUCAGCAGCUGGAUCCAGAGCAGGGAAGCCAAGCUGCGUCUGACUGUCGCAGAGGCUCUCGGGUCCAUGAGUCACCUGAUGGCACAUGAUAAACUGGAAGAGCAGCUUCCCAAACUACUUCCCACUAUACUGGGCCUUUACAAGAAGAAUGCAGAACACUACAUUAUCAGCAAGAGCCUGUGUCAGGUUAUGGAGGCCUCUGUGAAUAUGGGUAGCAGAGUGUUGGAGACGCAGAUUGAUGGUCUGUUACUCGCUCUGCACCAGCAGAUAUGUUCACCUGUGGACUUCAGCAAUCCUCCAACUGUGAAAAAUCACAAUGAGGUUUUGCGAUGCUUCAGUAUCCUUGCUAACACUUUCCUGGACCGUCUGAUGGUGUUUGUCCUCCAGAGGUUGGAGAACAGUAAUGAGAGGAACAGAAUGGGCUCUCUGGCCGUGCUCAGACACCUCAUCAACUCAUCCACCUCCACUAUGGAAACCAAGAAGUUUCUAAUUCUAUCCAGCAUUAGACAGCCUUUGGCUGACCACAGCAAUAAGGUGAAAAAGAGAGUGGUGCAGGUGAUCAGUGCGAUGGCUCAUCAUGGAUACCUGGAGCUGGAUGGAGGAGACUUGCUUGUCCGUUUCAUUAUUCAGCACUGUGCUCUACCAGACACUUACCAUCGAGGUCAGCGACCCCCAGACCCAGAGGAAGUGACCAAUGAGGCUUUGCGGAGCAUGUGUGACAACACACUUCAUCUAUUCACUACCACUGUGGGCCGCCUGACAGACGUUCUGUGGCCGAUGUUGCUUUGCUACCUGACCCCAAACCAGUAUGCAAACGCCACCACCCCUCUGUGCAAAAGUUUAAUUCUGCUGGCCAAUAAGAAACAAGCAGCACAGGAACCCAACUUCACCAUCGACUUCAGUGCACAAGGCUCCAGUCUUCCCUCACAGUAUGUACUGAUGAUAAGGCUCUUUGUGAAUGCUUCGUUCCCUUUCCGAUGUCGGGGGCAUGGUGCUCCCUCCCUGAGUCUGCUCAACGCCAUCAGCCCUAACAUUCAUCCUAAUGCUGAACCACUGUGGGAAAAAGAGAUUCCAAAGCUGCUCAAUUAUCUUGAAGAAUCAACAGAAGAGUCUCUGGACAAAAAAAAAUGGGAAGAGUGUUUACUUCAGCUCCUGUCUAAAACUCUGGCAGCCAUUGACGAUGGCCAGUGGACGGGUCGGCUCGCAGUAGAGGCCACACGAUACCUUCCUACCUACAACAAUUCUCUGGAUGAGAAGAGUUUUUUGUAUAGAUGUGUUGGUGUGAUUCUCCAGCAAUGCUACAAUAAAGAUCUGGUCAGGAAACAGCUACAGGAGAUCCUGAUCAGCGCUCGUCACAAUGAUGCAAUAGAAAGAACGGGUGUUGCCAUGGGAAUCGGGCUGUGUGCCAGCAGUCAUCUAGAUGGCACUCUGGAAAAACUGGAGGAGUUUGGGAAAUCUGACGUCUUCAGGAAAGCCUCAGGGAUAUUUGGUCUACUCAAAGAUAAAAAUGACGUUGAUCUGGAGAAAAUGAAAAGCACUCUGAUUUUGUGUUAUGGUUAUGUUGCGAUGCACGCGCCAGAAGAUCAACUCCUCACUCGCAUCGAUAGCGUCAUUCUCCUAAACAUCUCCAAGCACUUCAACACCAAGGUUCUGGGAAUUAAAGUAGAGACCAAGGACCUGACAAUGAAGCUCAGUCUGAUUCAUAGCAUUGGACUCAUUGCCAAAGCGAUCAGCAUCUGUGUUCGUAAACAGGGCUUCCUGUUCUCCCGCAAACAAGAGCUGAUGGGUGUUAUGAUGGAUUUCAUCAAAGCUGAACCAGCGGAUGUUAUGCGGACCCCUGUUCGCUAUCUUGUUUUGACCACAUGUGCCAACCUCAUAAACUUGGAUCCCCCUUUAACAGAAAACGAGAAUUUUGACUUAUUAAAAACGUGUUUGAAUGGAGUUUAUGGGCUUCCUACCACAGACACACCAGACAAAGGUAAAGAUGAAGAAUCCCUGGAUCCCCAGCAGAGAGAGGCCUUAUAUUCAGACACCUUUAACGCUCUUCAUGAAUUGCUGAGAAAUGUGUUAGCAAGAGAUUUGAAUCCUGAUGGUUUUCAAUCUGUGUUCAAGCAUAUAGAGAGCUGGUUGAACUCAGGGCAAGAGCAUGAGCGGGAAAGGGCAGUGAAGGCCACGGCAGAGUUACUGCAGUUUUACUUGGACAGUCUCAGUGUGAAGAACUUAGUGACAUUUCAUAAUCUUGGAGCUCUUUUGGGGCGCCUGGCCCCACGGUGUACAGACCCGAACCCUGAGGUGCGAAGGGCAGCCAUAGACUGCGUCUAUAGCCUAAUGUACAUUCAGCUGCGCUAUGAAGGCUUUUCACUGGACUAUAGGGACGAUUCAGUCGAGAGUCUGUUAGAUGUUCGUGAGAAACUAAACAAACCUGACCAUUCAGUCUUGUACAAAACCUGCUCUGAGCUGACCAAGGUCAUCAGUAAGCGUCUGCCCCAGCAGCAGUUGAGCUCGCUGUUGUUUAUGUUGUUUGAUGGUUUGAUGGACUCGCAGUCCAACUGCUCUAGAGCUUCCAGUGUGAUCCUCAACACUCUGCUGAAGAACAGAGGUGCUGGCCUGCAGGAUCUGGUACCAGAGAUGUUGGAGGUGUUACACAAUCGGCUGCAGACGAUUAGUGAAGAGCAGGUAAAGGUAGCUGUUGGUCAGUCCAUCCUCAUCCUCGCUACACAGCAUCUGCAGACCGUUGUCAACACACUUGUCGCUUACCCACUGCCUUAUGACAGCUGGAGCUGUGAGAUGUGGAUGGCUCUGGGAGCAGACAGCACUCUGGCCCUUCAAAUCAUGGAGAUGAUUAUUGAGAAGCUGUAUGUUAUGGUUCCCUAUAUGGAUAAGAAGGAGUCCAUGCUGAGGCCCGGUUUGACCAAAGUCGCAACCAGUCACCCAUUGGCUAUGACAUGUGCCCUGCGUGAGAUGAUGCUGAACGGUCAGUCUGCUGACGCCGUGGCCGCUGUGUUUCCAAAGCUCUUCAGUGCUCUGCUGGUGCGUUUGGGCUCCAGCGUGGGAGUUCAGCUGCCAAAAGAUCUCAACAGCAACAGCAUAAUUUCAGAACGCAAAACAACCAACAAAAGCAAUGUGGCCAGCUUUGAUGUGUGUGGGGUGGCCAUGGAGGCCCUGCGGAUCCUGCUGGCUCGAGCUCAGCUGGAUGCUGUGGUGAAACCAUUAGAUGAGGAGGGAGCUUGGGACAAGAUGAAGGACCCACAGCAGCACACGACAGGAGUCACUCUGCUCUCCAGAGCAAUGGCCAAGCAUGCUGGUCCAAGACUCCCUGCCAUUGUGGAGAGUCUAUGUCCUUCUCUCAGUAAUAUUUAUGAAUGCCAGAGGAUCACAGUCACUGCGUUCUUCUCUGAGCUGCUUAACCACCAUGUGGUGACUGAACUGAUGAUUCUGGACAUGUUAAUGAACAACAUGAUGGAGAGGAUAACUGACUCCUGCUGCACUGUCCGCAUGCUGGCUGUCCGAGGCCUGGGGAACAUCGCUGUGGGCUCACCUGAGAAGGUAAAUAAGUACGCAAAGGAGCUUUUAGCAGCCAUGAGUUCGGGAAUGGAGGAGAAUGAUGAUCCAGGGAAACAUAUCACACUGGAGGCCAUGUCAGGCAUGUCCAAGAUACUGCUUUAUCUGGACCAAAAGAACGUCCAGCUGCUUGUGGUUUACAUCUUUAUGAAGAUUAAACCCUUUCUAGAGAAUGAGAAUGAUGACAUCCGAUGUGCUUCCAUCAUGCUCAUGGGAAACCUGUCAAAGUUUGGCUUGGGUGAGCCCGUCUUUAAGGACCAGAUCCAUAAUGUUCUAGUCAGUUUGCUGUUGCACCUCAGCGAUCCCAACCCUCAAGUGGUCAAGGCAUGCAAGUAUGCCAUGCGGGUGUGUGCUCCAGUUGUAGGUUCGGUACAGAUCUCUGCCAUGUUCCAGAACCAUCUUCAUGAGGAGAAGGGUCUGCAUUAUGGAGAGUUCAUUAAUGACCUCACCAAAUACAUAAUCCAGGAUUUCCCAGGCAUGCUAAACUUCUACCACAUCACAGUCAUUCAGUUCUUCAAGAGUAACUGGGCAGAGAUUAGAGCCAGUGCUGCCAUGUUCAUCGGGUUUCUGCUUGGGAACCUUCCUGAUGAGCAUUUUUCCCAUAUGAAUAUGGGGUCUGUGACCAAGGGCCUGGUGAUUUUGCUACAGGAUCCAGAUCCUCUUGUGCGAGUGAAAGCUGCUGAAGCUAUGGGUAAUUUUCACUGACGUUAUCUCUACUCUACAGCCAUCAAUCUAGUAUUUUAAAUAUGUUGCUUUAAAUAAGUAGAAAGCCUUGAAUUGUUGCUCUUUAAUAAGCCAUUAAAUGUUUUUAUUAUUGACCAAAGACUGUACACUAGUUCUGUAAGAAAAGAUAAAAAAUAAAAGGUGAAGACAUGUGUCAUGUUACAGCACUUUUACUGUAAGCACUCUCAGAUAUGUGGAGUGUGAUUCCAUCUGUGGCUCUUGUCACUAUCGACGGGUUUGUAAUGUGUUGUAGAGGUACAGUAGGUACCUGGCCACCCUUUAAAUAUUAUACUUACAAAAGAAAUACACAAGUUUCCUUGGCCAUUCCUGAAGCGUGAUAAAUGAAUAUCAACACAUGAAAGCAUUAAAAAUGUAUUUAGUAUGAAUUAGUAUACUUUAAACCAAAAUCAACACUGCAAGGCUUUCCUGAAAAUAUAAUUACAUGUACAGCUCAUGUACUGCUCAGUUUGUUCACACUGCAGGAAAAAUCUGAUUUUUCCUCAAAUCCAUUUUUUUUGAGUGACUGUUGAAACUACAAGUUAUAUGUGGCCAGAUCAGAUUUUUUCUGUUCAGACUACAGUCACUUUUGCCAUCACGUCCACAUUAGUUGUCAUGGUAAUGCAGCAAACUUGCGUAUUCACCAUUAGCGAUGGAUAUUUUACCAUUUAUUAUGCUUUUCCAGAGGGCAGGAUCCAAAUAUGAACAUUCUUCACAGACAACGGCUUAAAAAUGGGAGAAGUGGCAUUUGCAAUGUUUGUUGCUGCCUGUUUUAGCAGGGACAUCCUGUAUUUUGGCCAAAAUUACGACGUCUCAUUUUAGCAGAGAGCGAAACAUCCCGUAUUGAAGGCUUUGUGUCCCAUAUAAAAUCAUAAAAAGGUGAGACGAGGACCCGCAUCCUGUGAUGAAACGCUCAAAAUUCUCAAGCGUCCCGUAUUCGCUUGACAUUCAAUACUUUGUGUUGUGGUUUCUCACAACCGGUAUGGUUUACUGAAUCUUAGCUCAUCUCUUUGGGUAAGUUAAGCCAGUGUCUGUAUUAUUAUAAGAUAUUUGCAGUGCUUUGCGUGCCCUGUAACCCUGUUUAAUGUGUUUUUGUCCUGUUGAGACUACAAAAACCUAAACGGAUUUUAGUGACAGCGUCCAAAAAAUCUGAUUUUUUCUGCCUGUGUGAACAUAGAGUUGAUUUUGAGGCUUUAGAUUUUAAUCCUAUCAAAAUGUUUUGAGCAGAUGAUUGAGUCACACUGACCACCAUAAUCCUAUAGAAAUAAAUCACCAUAAUAGGGGCGUGCAUUAACGUAAGAUGUUGAGCCACUAACUACGAUUGAAAUCUUGUAUUGUCCCAUGGGUGUAUUUUUUUUUUUUUUUGCUUGGGUGACUUUUGAUUAUAUCUCAUUCACUACAGUGCCAAAAACAUGCAUUUGUAUCAGAUAAAUCAUUGUAGAUUAGUUAUUAAAAGAUUUAUGACUAUGUUUCAUACUCCUUUUGUGAUCCAUAUGUGUAGCUGAAUCACCAGUCUAGUUCCGUUUUGUAAAUUAGUUUGUUAGUAAGUUAAUUAGUAAAGUUCAAAGUUUUUCAGGAUAAGUGCAAUGUUUUAGAGUUUUAGCAUGAAGAAGACUAAAUAUAUAACAUUUCUCAGAAUAUAUAUAUAUAUAUAUAUAUAUAUAUAUAUAUAUAUAUAUAUAUAUAUAUAUAUUAUUUUUUAUGUUUUUGUUUUAAUGAAUUGGACAAAGAUGUUUGAGAAUUUAGGUAUGCUAAGAAGUUUGGUACAUGGAACACCUGACCUGUCCUGUAAGAUGAUACCACAUAUUCAUAUUCAUCACAGUAGCUAUAGUGGAUUGUCUGGGUCAGCUUUACAAUGUAAGUGGGCUAAUAAUGUCUUUAUUCUUUAGCUAAUUAAUAUUUUAGUGAACUUGGCAUAAAGUAAUUGGGUAACAAACUCUUUGUAAGCUGCACUGGUGUGAUUCUCAACCUCACAAGAACAACACAUGCUUUAUUCCAGUCUGUAUAGGAUACGAUUUUGGAGAAUGAAAAAUAGCAUACAAAUUUAAAUAUAUGUAAUUAUAUGGUCUUAGUAUAUAUGUAUAAAUGAUCUGUUAUGUGCAUACGGUUUCAGUUUGAGAACUUUGAGGAAGAUUCUAGCCACUAAAGCUCUAGAUUUAAAGAUUUAGACAAAUUCAGACUCCUUUAUGAUCAGGGUGUUGAAAAGAUAUUAGCACAAGUCAAUCAAAUUAAAGCGCUUACUGUGUACACAUACUAUUAAUCUAAAUGCUUUAUCCAGAGAUUAGCAAUUAAAGUUAGGAACCCUAUGCUGUAAUAACAUUGGCAUUAAUUCCUGGGUAGGAGUCUGAGUGACUGAGAGGUGUUUGAGCAAGCAAAACUGUCAUUGGAAGUUUCACAGGUCUGCAGGAUGAUCAUUUUGUCAUUUGUUUAAUAUGCAUUUUGUUUUCUAUUUAGACAAAAUUGUUUUGUAUCAUGUAAUAAAGCUAAUCUCUGGAUGAUGGA